AAAGGGGAGCUUUAUUCAAGGAGUGGCACCAAGCGUGUCAUUAUUGAAGAAAGGAACGACGCGAACAAAGCGGCAUCAUAACCUCAUCGCUAUCUUGCUCGAACUCAUCCAGCGUGGAAGGCCUCAGUAUCCGUCGUCCUUAUGUUAACAUCCGUGAUCCACAAGCGAGUCCGACCCCACCGUUUUCGACACGGCGUAAAGAAGACGACAUCAGACAAGUCGAAUACAAGCAUCGAAUCCCCUUCUUUACGCCCACAACCCACGACACUUGUGCCACAGAACGCAGAAUCUUGGCCCCCGCAAAUGGUGAAGACAACCCAGACCCCGUACUCUGUGACUAACCCCUUCACAGAUCUCGUUUUCAGAGAUUGAAAAACUCUUCAAAGAAUUCAGAGAGGAAUACAAGGCUCGCGAUCCUGCCACAAGCUACGGACAGCCCUCGGACGAGGAGGUCAU